GCGGCUGUGAGGGGCUGCAUCUCGCAGCAGCCGCCCCGGCCGGGCAUGGUGUUGGGCGCCGGGUCCGCCUCGCCUGUCUCGCGGAGCCCAGGGUAAAGGCAGCAGUAAUGCUAAUGCUAGCAAGCAAACUGAAGCGUGACGAUGGUCUCAAAGGGUCCCGGGCGGCAGCCACAGCGUCGGACUCCACUAGGAAGGUUUCUGUGAGAGACAGAUUGCUUGUUAAAGAGCUAACAGUAACUCCAGAUGAGGGUUACUACCAGGGUGGAAAAUUUCAGUUUGAAACUGUAGUUCCCGAUGCUUACAGCAUGGUGCCUCCCGAAGUGAAAUGCCUGACCAAGAUCUGGCACCCCAACAUCACAGAGACAGGGGAAAUAUGUCUGAGUUUACUGAGAGAACAUUCAAUUGAUGGCACUGGCUGGGCUCCCACAAGAACAUUAAAGGAUGUUGUAUGGGGAUUAAACUCUUUAUUUACUGAUCUUUUGGAUUUUGAUGAUCCACUGAAUAUUGAAGCUGCAGAACAUCAUUUGCAGGACAAGGAGGACUUCCAGAAUAAAGUAGACGGCUACAUCAAGCGUUAUGCCUGA